AUGUCGUGCUACCUACAGCAGUGCCUCCCUCCCGUCUACCAGGAGCCCAUCUCCAUCAGGUGCCCACCGAUGUACUCUGCCAGACCCCUGCCAGUGCCUACCUGGCACUCAACACUGUGCACCCCACAGCAUGUGACCCCCUGCAUCCCCCGGCAGCAGGUCAUGUCCUCCAGCUUCUCCCACCAGUGUGUGACCAAGUGUGUGCCACGGCAACAGUAUGCAACCAAGUACGCACCACAGCAGCAGUGUGUGACCCAGCGUGUCCUACCGCAGCCGUGUAUAACUCGGUGUGUGACAACUUGCGUGCCGCAGCAGCAGUGUGCGACCAAAGGCGUGUCGCAGCAGCCUUGUGUGACCAAGUGUGUGCCGCAACAAUGUCCGCCCGCCUAUGCCCCCCAGCAGCCGUGUGCGGCCAAGUGCAUCCCACAGCAGCCAUGUGCGACCAGGUGUGUGACCACGUGUGUGCCACAGCAGCCGUACCUGACCAAGGGCAUCCCACAGCAGCAGUGUGCGACCAAGUGCAUCCCGCAGCAGUGUGUGACCACAUACGCCCCGCAGGAACGCACAACCAGGUGUGUCACCACGUGUGUCCCGCAGCAGCGUGCAACCAAGUGUGUCUCGCACCGUUUUGUGACCUCUUGUGCCCCGCAACAGUGUGCCACCACAUACAUCCCGCAGGAAUGCCAGCAGCAGUGUGCGACCAAGUGUGUCCCACAGCAGUGUGCCACCAAGUGUGUCCCACAGCAGCAGUGUGCGACCAAGUGUGUCCCACAGCUGUGUGCCACCAAAUCUACUACCAUUUGUGUCCCACAGCCGUGCGAGAUAACUUGUGUCCCACAGCAGCAGUGUGCGACCAAGUGUGUCCCACAGCUGUGUGCCACCAAAUCUACUACCAUUUGUGUCCCACAGCCGUGCGAGAUAACUUGUGUCCCACAGCAGCAGUGUGCGACCAAGUGUGUCCCACAGCAGUGUGCGACCAAGUGUGUCCCACAGCAGCAGUGUGCGACCAAGUGUGUCCCACAGCAGUGUGCGACCAAGUGUGUCCCACAGCAGCAGUGUGCGACCAAGUGUGUCCCACAGCAGUGUGCGACCAAGUGUGUCCCACAGCAGUGCGUGACCAAAUGUGUCCCUCAGCAGCAGUGUGCCACCAAGUGUGUCCCACAACAGUGCGUGACCAAGUGUGUCCCACAGCAGUGUGCCACCAAAUGUGUCCCUCAGCAGCAGUGUGCCACCAAGGGUGUCCCACAACAGUGUAAGCGCCUUGCGUGA